AUGCACUUUCUACAGCUUCCGGAAUGUCUCGAAAAUGUCUUCAAACAUUUGGACAACAAAUCCUUGUACCAAUGCCUUCUUGUAAAUCACUUCUGGUCUCAAAAUGUUGUUCCUUUGUUCUGGUAUAAUCCUUUUCCAAAUUACUGUCUUGCCAACGAAGCUUACCACACAGAUGUUAUCGAAACCUACAUAUCUUGUCUUCCGGGAACAACACGGAAUCGGUUGUUUGCCAACACCGAACUGACCGCACUCGCCAAUCCAUCGUUCAAUCCAUCAUUCAACUACCCGUCUUACCUGCGACACCUUGAAUUCACCACAAUUUAUGAGUUAAUCGUGAAAUGGACGGCGAGGAGGUUCAGGCGCGACGACAGUGAUCUUGAAAAUCAGAUAUUUCGAGAAAUCUGGAGACUGUUAUUGAAUAGUUGUCCGCCAUUCAAGAGUGUGGUGUUGAGAUCAUUCAAUUAUGAAGGUUUUGACGAAUUACUUAAUGAUCCUCAUACCUUAUUCACCGAUUGCUCCCGGAAAUUGUUUGAGAGACUCUACUUAUUUCAUUCUUACCGUAUGCCCUCAGAAUUAAUCAAUUGCUUUGUCCAAAUUUCCACGCAAGCCACCAACAUGAGAAUCAUGUGUUCCGAUGUGAGCUCAGGAAUCGACGUCCUCGUCCAAUCUCAAAGAAACCUUAAAACCGUGACCUUGAUCAACUGCACUAAUCUAUCGAAAAUUUUGCAGAUCUUACACGAGAGACACUCUUCGACCCUAACGGAAUUAACGAUAAAAGAGAAUGAGUUUGAUUCGACUUGGAAUGAAAUUGGACCCAUCAUAUUUCUAGAAAACCUUCAAAUUUUAAACCUGGACUCUUCGGCUUCCGUAUUUUCAAAGCCGGUAUUAGAGAAGUUCUUGUAUACUUCCUACAAAAAUCUCGCAGCCGUAAACAUAGAAAUACACUCACCGCAUAUAAGUCAAUUGAUCUCCUUGCUUCAAAACACCAACAGCCACCUUACCUAUCUACGUCUUCUCUGGUAUUACCCCAGGGAUCCGGAAAAUAUCCUGUCGUUGACCAAAACCGUAAUACAGUGUUGCAUAAAUUUAAAAUCACUCGUAUUUAAAUUGUCGAAAGAAACAAUUCACCUACUGCCCACAAUUCUAGGAUCAAUGCCUUUAUUAACAGAGGCUUCUUUUUAUAAUGCCUCAAAUGACGCCUCCCAUAUAUACAAUCUCGAUGAGGUACUGCCGGAAUGUGGUAAAGUAUUGAAAUGGCCGUUGAAAUAUUUGGGGUUACAUCUUCUUUGGACCAUUACCACCGAGGCUCUUGAAAGUUUUUUCAAGAAUGCAGAGACAAGGAUGAUCCGGGAGUUGUAUUUGUCCACGGAUUGUUUGAAUUGCGGGAAUGUCUUGAAAGAACAUCAAGAUAUUUUGGACAUGUAUGCGAAUAGAGGCGUGGGAAGAAUAAGAUUUGAAUGA